GUAACUCUAAUUAGGUGCCAUCAUUUGCAAUUCUAAUGUUUUUCUCAUUUUGGUAAAGGUGGUUAUUCGAGGCUAGAACAACAAAAAAACGAAUCAACACACAUGUUCCCAAAUUUCGGACUAUAACAACUGAUUGAAUCAUAUGGAAUCAUGUGAAACAUGGAGCGGCCCUCUUACCCUUCGAGCUCACAGCACUUUGAUGCUAUGCAAUACCUAAACCUGCUUGUUUUGGAGUGUGCCUACCUACUCAAACUUUGCGUUACGCUACUCGUUUUGUAAACGUAGCAUUACUGUCGUUCUCUGUUCUUCUAUGUUCUACCUACAUAAACUCGAGUUUCUUUCUACGGCGACGCAAGUCGAAUUGAUUUUGGUUAGGGUUAGGGGGUGUAUGUGCUCGAAUAUCAACAGAUCAGCUGUACUCAGUGUAAAGUCUCAAAUAAAAUGAUCGAAUAAACAAAUCUCAAUCUUGACCAUGGCUAUGUAUAAGGGCUUUUCCGUUCUUGAAAAAUCUAAACCCCCUAAUCCCCACAGUGUGCUAUUGCAACGCAGGGGCAAAGAUGAGACUUUACUUUUUGAAUCCCAAGCUGUGGCUGUCCUUUCCACACCGGAAAUGGAAGUUGUCAAAAAGGAGUACACCAAAAUAUUAGAUGCUUAUGGCUGCUUAGGUGUUCUGCAAUUGUAUUCAGGAGAUUCAACAGUUUUGUACCUUGUCAUGGUCACUGGCUGUUUUUCGGUGGGGAAAAUAGGGGAUUCAGAGAUUUUUAGAAUAACACAAACGCAAUUUGUUCCUUUGCACUACCAACAAAAUGAGGAUCGAAUAGCGGAAGUGCGUAAAUUGCUCAAUUCGGGAACUUUUUACUUUUCUUGGUACUCCGGACCACCUGGUGGUAAUCAACUGGACUUGACAUUGUGUGCCCAAAGGCGACAUAAAACAAGCACGACUGAUCACAGAUUUUUCUGGAACCGGAUGUUACAUGUUCACCUCGUUAGAUUUGGUGUCGAUUGUAAUUCUUGGUUGGUGAGGGCUAUGUGUGGUUCAGUUGAAGUCAGGACUGUUUAUGUCGGGCAUAGGAAAGCCCUAGCUGCUGUUGUUUCACGCCUGAGCUGUGAAAGAGCCGGAACAAGAUUUAAUGUGAGAGGGAGUAAUGAUGAAGGGCACGUAGCGAAUUUUGUUGAAACUGAACAAGUUAUUUAUUUAGAAAAUGAAGUUUCAUCGUAUUUACAAACUAGGGGUUCGGUACCGUUGUUUUGGGAACAACCGGGAGUGCAAGUAGGUUCGCAUAAAGUUCGGAUUUCGCGAGGCUAUGAAGCCUCAAAAGCCGCUUUUGAUAGACAUAUGAAAACUAUCAAAGAGAGAUAUGGCAAACAGGUCAUUGUCAAUCUCUUAGGUACAAGUCUAAUUGGUAGCAAAGAAGGUGAAGCUACUUUAAGUCAGGAAUUUCAAAAACACCAUAAGGAAUCGUGUCAUACCGACAUUCCGCAUAUCGUAUUUGAUUACCACCAAGAAUGCCGCGGUGGUAACCAAGCUAAUUUACAAAAACUUAAAGCCAAAGUUGACGAACAAUUACAAGAAUUUUCGUUUUAUCAUACAAUUGGGAGUACAAUAUACAGCUUACAAACGGGCACAAUUCGAACAAAUUGUUUAGACUGUUUAGAUAGGACUAAUUGUGUUCAAACGUUUUUUGGGUUAGAGAUUUUAGGCAAACAAUUACAAGCGAUGCAGUUAGUUGAUAAGAAACAAACCGUUUCGCGGUUUGAGGAGGUUUUCAGACAAAUGUGGAUUAAUAACGGGAACGAAAUUAGUAAGAUUUAUGCCGGGACUGGCGCUAUUCAAGGCGGAUCAAAGCUAAUGGAUGGAGCCCGAUCAGCAGCUAGAACAAUCCAAAACAACCUUCUUGACAAUUCGAAACAAGAAGCAAUUGACAUUUUACUUGUGGGCUCUACUUUAUCGACUGAGCUUGCCGACCGAGCACGAAUUCUUCUUCCUUACAACACCCUUCAUGCGCCACCUCACGUUUUACGUGAAAUGUGUAAACGAUACACCGAAUAUACCGACCCUCUUCCAGUACGUAUAGCCGUAGGCACAUACAAUGUCAACGGUGGCAAACACUUUCGCAGUGUUGUAUUCAAAGAUAUCAAGCUUUCUGAUUGGUUACUGGACCCCCACAUAAAAAAUCCUGGGACUUUAGUCGAUACGGGAUAUACUGACGAACAUAAAUCAAUCCCUGUCGAUAUUUACGCCAUUGGUUUUGAGGAAAUUGUCGAUUUAAAUGCCGCCAAUAUCGUUAAUACUAGUAGCGAAAACGCAAAGUCUUGGGCGACGGAAUUACAGAAGGUCUUGUCACGUGAUCGCCCUUAUGUUUUGGUCACCUAUCAACAGUUAGUCGGGGUGUGUUUGUAUGUUUUUGUAAGGCCUGAACAUGUGCCUUACAUUCGCGAUGUGGCGGUUGACUCGGUUAAAACCGGUCUAGGAGGGCAUACAGGCAAUAAAGGGGCCGCUGCAAUCAGAAUAGUGUUUCAUGCCACGUCCUUGUGCUUUGUAUGUGCACAUUUCGCAGCCGGACAGUCACAAGUUAGUGAGCGCAAUGCCGAUUAUAACGAAAUCACUCGGAAAAUUACCUUCCCGAUGAGCCGGUCUUUAAACUCGCACGAGUACUUAUUUUGGUGUGGUGAUUUUAACUAUCGAGUUGAUAUGGAUAAAGAUGAAAUAAAAGAAUUGGUAAAGAUUGGUGACUAUGAUCGGAUUCUUGAAAGUGACCAGUUGAUGAAACAACAACAAGAAGGGAAUGUGUUUAAAGAUUUUACUGAAGGAAGAAUUACAUUUCCGCCUACAUACAAGUAUGAUUUAUUCAGUGAUGACUAUGACACUAGUGAGAAGUGUCGAGCUCCGGCGUGGACUGAUAGGGUUUUGUGGCGACGACGUAAACAAUCUUUAGCUAUAACAAGUCAAUUAGAAGAUUCAAAUCCUGGUAAAUUAGUGUUCUAUGGACGCGCUGAAUUGAAACAGAGUGACCACAGACCCGUUAUUGCUAUUAUCGAUAUAACCGCUCGAAAAAUUGAUGAAACUAAACGCCAAAACAUGUUUUAUGAAGUGAUAGCCGAUAUGGGGCCUCCUGAUGGUACUAUAAUAAUCCAUUAUGAGGACACAUCCCAAAAUGAUGAAGUUUUCGACGACCAACUUGUCGCAACACUUCUAGAAGACUUCACCCAGUUUGGUGAAGCGAUUUUGGUGCGAUUCAUCGCAGACACCAUGUGGAUAACAUUCCGGGAUGGCCAAUCCGUUCUCAAAAUAAUGAACAAAACACAAGGACGAAUUCCGGAAUAUAAUCUAACUUUAUCACUGAAAACACCAAAUUGGGUCGACGAGGCGAAAGAGGAAGUUGGUUUGUGUUCCAGCAACACUGUUCCUUUGUACACCUCACCCACCCAAUCCGACUAUAACUGUUUAGGCAUUCCGGAGGUGAAGGCGUCCCGACCGGGCCCUCCAAGCCGCCCCCCUCCACCUUCAGUCAAAUCCCCGGCAACGCCCAAACGACCGCCCCCACGAGUGGGCGUGAUAAGUCUCCCUACAACGAACUCAUCGGCACCUCCUAGUAUGCCGCCUCCUGAACUUCCCGAAGACACCGGAAUUUAUGAAGAGAUAAACGACGAUAUUGUGAGUGCGCCGGAGCCUCAAGGGCCGCCUCCGCCGCCGCCUCCACGGCCGGAACCGGCGCCUCCUACGCCUCAAAGAGAACCGCCCCCUGUACCUGCCCGAUCCGCACCUCCUCCUCCUCUCCCUGCGCGGCCACGUCAAUAAAUUUUCCUAGUCAGAUUGCGAUUGAGUCACUCAAGUUUGUGUUUCGUGGCCGCAAGGUAAAAUUCUGAUUUCUUUUCUUGCCUUAGACUGUGACUGUAGUUUGGCUGUUAUUAGAUGUUAUUAGUUUUCCUGCUUCGAAUUUGUUUAGUUCCUAUUUUCUAUGAAAUGACUGCUAGGGAACAUUCCAUAUUAUUUAUUAUUGUUGAUAAUCAAAACGCGGCAAGCACAAUAAGUUAUAUGCAACAGCAAAUUAAACAAUUGGUGCUUUAUGUGUUUUGAAAAACUAGUUUAUGUUGCGUGUUAAGAAUUGAAAUUUUACUGUUGCUUAUUGUCUUCUACUUCAUAGUUUAAAACACAUAAGCAAAAAAUUUAGAAUACACAGAUGCUGCAUUUGCAUCCAAUAUAUUGUAAAACAUGUUGAUAUUUAGAAAAUUUUCAUGUAAAAUGUUUAUAUUUGUUUAAGUUUAUAUUUAGUAUUGUUUCUUUUCUUAGAAUUAACAAAUCAAUUAUCAAAAG